UCGGUUGACCAUUUACAUUUGUUAAUUGGAUUCUAAGUUCAAAUAUAUCUAUACAAAUAUAUCUAUUACCAUGGCGUUGUUGGAUUAUGAAAACCAAAUGUUUCUUGAAUUAAUUCAUGAUGAUGCUUUAGCAGUGCUAGCUAAAGGCAUAGGUGUUGAAAGACUCUUUACAAAUCUUAUUAAAGCUUACAAUGAUCCUGGUAAUCUUGUUUUGGUAAUUGGAACCACAACUGUUGAGGAAGAAUACAUCUUGAAUAAAUUAGCUGAUUCUGGUGUUUCUCCUCUUCCAAAGAUUAUAACUUCCGAAGUCAGUACUAAAGAUCGUUAUGAAGUUUACAUGGCUGGUGGUGUCUUAUUCGUGUCUUCUAGAAUCCUUGUUGUUGAUAUGUUAGUUGACAGAGUGCCUAUUAAUCUUAUUACUGGUUUAAUAGUUUUUAGAGCUCAUAAAAUCUUGGAAUCUUGCCAAGAAGCAUUCAUAAUUCGGUUGUUUAGAAUGAAAAACACUAAAGGCUUUAUAAAAGCAUUAUCUUCCAACCCAUGUGCAUUUACUAGGGGAUUUGCACAGGUGCAACGGGUUAUGCGAAAUCUUUUUGUCAAACAUUUGUUUUUGUGGCCUCGUUUUCAUGCUAUUGUUGCAAGUAGCUUAGAGAAAGCAAAACCUGAGGUUUUUGAAAUGCAUGUGCCUAUGACCCAUGCAAUGACUUCUAUCCAAAUGGCAAUCUUAGACUUGAUGAACUUUUGUGUUAGAGAGUUAAAGCACAUCAACCCUUCAUUAGAUACUGAUGAACUAACUGUGGAAAAUGCUAUUUCCAAAUCAUUUGAUAAAAUCAUUAAAUAUCAACUUGAUCCUGUAUGGCAUCAAUUGAGCUCAAAAACUAAAAGGUUCAUAUCAGAUCUAAAAUUUUUAAGAACAGUGUUACAGUACUUGACACAAUAUGACUGUGUAACAUUUUAUAAUCUCCUUAAAUCGGUAAGAGAUAAAACAACUAUGGAUGUUCAUAUGUCAGACUGGCUAUUUUUAGAUGCAGCAGACAAUUUAUUUGCAAAUUCGAAAGAAAGAGUGUUUGGUCCUGAAAAGAAAAAAGGUUCUGAUAAGCAAAGUAAGGCUUUCACUUUUGAAGAAAACAUCAAAUGGAAUACUUUAAAAGACAUUUUAGUGGAAAUUUCCUCUGAAGUUGAGGAAGAAAAAGAAAUGGCUGUUGUCAUUGUAAAUGAUGAAACUAUGAUCCGGCAGUUGAAAGAAGUUCUUGCUAUUGGUGGGCAAGAGUACCUUUUCAAAAAAAUUUCUAAAUUGUUUCCAAAUGCUGUUUCUGAGUUGAAAUUAGACAAAGAUGUUCAAAAGUCUCGUAAAAGGAAAUUGAAGGAAGAUGAAAGAACUUUAACUCAAAUGGCUAAACUCCAUGAAGAAAAAGAGUGCACUUCUGAUGAACAAUCUGAAACUGAAACAGAUGAACUUGCAGUCCUUUUUCCAAAACUGAAUAUUGAGUUCUAUCCAUUGAGGCAUUCUAUUGGAAGUCAUUUCAAAUUUCAAAAUAUAUGUGAUUUACAUCACCCAAAAUAUUUUAUAUUAUAUGAUGGGGAUAUGGAACUUAUACGUCGAAUAGAGUUACACCAAGCCACAAAUUCUACUGAAAAAAUCAAAGUUUAUUUUCUUAUUUAUAGUGGCUCAGCCGAAGAGCAGUGUUUUCUAACAACUUUAAGAAAAGAGAAGGAAGCAUUUGAAUUUCUAAUUAAGGAAAAGGCACAUUUAGUGUUACCAGAUGGAAUUGACGGAAAGACAGGGGACCAUCCUGACUUAGUUAGAGGCUCAGAAUUAGCUAGUGAAACAGUAAAUUCUAGAAAAGCAGGUGGCCAGAUCAGAAAAUUAGAGGAUCAAAAAGUAAUUGUUGACAUGAGAGAAUUUCGAAGUGAAUUACCUUCGUUGAUACAUAGAAGAGGAAUUGAAGUAAUACCAGUUACGCUUGAAAUUGGUGAUUAUGUAUUGACUCCAGACAUGGUUGUGGAAAGGAAAAGUGUCAGUGACUUAAUUGGAUCGUUAAAUAGUGGGCGGCUAUAUACUCAAGCGCAGUCUAUGUGCAGAUUAUACAAAAAACCCAUUCUACUCAUUGAAUUCGAUCAAAACAAAGCAUUUUCACUUCAGGGAAAAUACUAUUUCAAUAACAAUGCAACUCACAAUGUUACAUCCAAAUUAAUUUUACUAACUUGGCAUUUUCCGGACUUGCGCAUUUUAUGGUGUCCUUCGCCAUAUGCAACAGCAGAAAUGUUUGAACUUCUGAAGCUAAAAAAGGAACAACCGGAUGAGAAAAAAGCAGCGCUUUUAAAAUCAGAAGGCAAUGAAGGCGAAAUCUCUACAAAUAAAUUUAACACUGUAGGUAGUGAUUUUAUUGCUAAGCUUCCAGGACUGAAUUCUAAAAACAUGUGGACUAUUAUGAGAAAGGUAUCUUGUAUAGCAGAUCUAAUUAAUUACACUGAGGAAGAUUUUAGCAACUUUUUAGGCAAUUCUGGUGCUGCUAAGUCACUUUGGACUUGCAUAAAUGAGGAGAUGAAAGCAGAUGUACCAUCAGAAAUAAAUAAAAAACCGAAAAAAUGGAAAGCUUUCAAGAAAUCAGCUGCAUGAUUUC